AUGACUUCUGUAAUUAAUCCUAACAUCGAGACUAAUAAUUUUGAGGUGGACAACUUGAUUGAUACUCAACAAGAGAGGGUAGAAAAUAUUAGCCUUGAAUAUAAAUAUGAUAGUGACAAGAAUGGUUUAAAAGAAGAACAUGUAAAUCAUGUUGAAAAGAGAGAAAUAAUUAUAAAAGAUUUCCCUGAUGAAAAUAUUAAUAACAAUAAUUUGGGUAUAAAUCAUAGAGAUAAUGAUGAUAGGGUCAAUGAUAAAGGUGAUCUAAAAGUAGAAGAUGUAAAGGUUGUUGAAAUAAUUAACAAUGAGGUUACAUUUGGUGAUAAUCAUAAUGGAGAUUAUUUAAAGGGAGAAACAAUUAAUGUGGCAGAUAAUUUAAAGUAUCUUGACAAAGUAGAUACCAUUAAAGAAUCAUCAACACUGUCAUCAGAACAAAAUAUUGGAAAAUCAGACAAUUUGGUUCAAGGCACCCAAAAUCCACAAGUUAAUACUCGUGAUAGGCAAGGAUCGCUUACUAGCAUUUUUUCAUUUAGUUCAUCAGAUGAUAAGAUGGAUUUUGAAUCGAGGACUUCAAAAUCCAGUUUUUCAUCCAUAUCAAUCAAUCAACAAACAGAUAUAUCCACGGAUAACGAUGUUGAUUCUUUUGUACACAUAGGAACUUAUGCAAUUAAACAAAUGCCAGAUGCAUCUCUUGCUGAAAAUCCAGAGUUAAAUGAUGAGUCUUUGGAUGAUGAAAAUUAUAUUCAAGAAUCACCUAAAGAAUGGGGUUCACAGGAGUGGAAUUCAUUAAAAAAUUUUUCAUCACUAUUCAGCUCAAUAUCAAGCACUUCCUCCGUACUAACUCCAUCAACCACUAGUUCUCGUCGUUUGUCCUCAGCAUCUAAUUAUGAUUUGUUGUAUGCUAAACUUGAAAGAGAAGAUCAGAUUUUGCAAGAAGAUCCCAAAGCAAGACGAAUCUCAAUACAAGGAAUUGCAGAAAUAAAACGUAGUUUUGAAAAGGCACAUAACGAAGCUAAUGUAAAUGUACUAGAUGAUGAUAUUGAUUGGGAAUUCUGGGGACAAAUUAUAUCCGACUAUGAAAAUGUCGCAAGAACACAAUCACGACAAUUAUCUAAAUCAAUACAAAAAGGAAUCCCACAAGCAUUACGGGGUAUGAUAUGGCAAUUAAUGUCAAAGUCUAAAGAUGUUGAGUUAGAAUCCAAAUAUGCUCAAUUGCUCAAGGAAUCAAGCCCUCAUGAAAAAAUGAUCGUAAGAGAUUUAAACAGAACUUUUCCAAAACAUGAAUUUUUUCAGGAUCAGAAUGGUGUGGGUCAAGAAGGUUUAUUUCACGUUGUUAAAGCAUAUUCAAUUUAUGAUCCUGAAAUGCCAGAUGAAGAGGCCUUUUGUAUUCUUGUUAAAUUAAUGAAACAUUACAAUAUGCGAGGUCACUUUUUACCAGGAAUGGAUGGGCUUCAACUUCGCCUUUUCCAGUUUGAUCAUCUGGUUGAAGAAAUGCUUCCUAAAAUUCAUAGUCAUCUUUUGGCACAAGGAAUAAACUCAUCAAUGUAUGCAUCACAAUGGUUUAUGACACUUUUUGCAUACAAAUUUCCAUUAUCAUUGGUGUUUCGAAUAUAUGAUACAAUUUUCACAGAGGGAAUUGAGGCUAUUUUUCGAUUCAGCAUUGCACUAUUGAAAAAAAAUGAAAAAAGAAUUGUUGAAUUGGAUUUUGAACCUCUUUUGGAAUUUUUGAAAAGUGGAUUAUUUGAAAGUUAUCAGGUUACUCCUACUGAUGUAUUGAUAACUGAAGCACAAUAUAGAACUAAUGAAUUUGUUAAAGAUGCAUAUGAUAUUCGAAUCACAGUCAAGACACUUAAUAAACAUCAACAAGCAUAUUACGCGCAUCAGGAAAAUGAGAAAAGAAGAUUAAUAGCAGAGGCAGGAACAGCCGAGAGAAUGCGAGCCAACAAUAUUCAUUUAUCCAAUAAAAUCAAAAGUCUUGAAAGCAGUUUGCAAACACUUGAUCGUGAACAUGUUGAACUAGCCAAUAAUUUCAUCAGUACUAAGAUGGAACUUGCACAAUGCAAAGACGAAAAUGAAGAUCUUUCUCAGAUGGUUAUAAACCUACGUAGAGGUUUGGAAACUCAGUCUAAAGAGAUUGAAAGUAAAUUACAAGGUCAAAUGGAUGAUUUAAUUAAAAGUAAUAUUGAUUUGAUAGAAAAGAAUAAUUUAUUGGAAGAUCAACUUGAAAAUUUAGAAAACAUGUUAAUAGAAAUUAAGGUAAGGUAUGCAGAGAGCGAAAAUGAAAGAGAAACAUUGAAACAAAAAUGGAGUGAUUUGAAAAGAGCCCUGGGAUAA